CUCCGAGGCUAGAGGGAAGGAGAAGGGAUCAGGAGCGGGAGCUGAGGGGAGAGAGAGGCCAGUCCGGGUCUGGCCGCUACCGCUGCUCGCCCGAGGUCUUCAGGCCGGGUUGCAGCUCUAUCCACGACUCCUGGGCACCGUUUACGAGGCUCCUCCGGGCCAGCGUGGGAGAGCCGCAGGCGGCGGCCGCCGCAUCAUGUCAGCCAAGGACGAGCGGGCCAGGGAGAUCCUGAGGGGCUUCAAACUCGCUAUCGACCUUGGCUAUCUUGUCUGCAUAUGCAAAUCAGGAAGAGAUGAGACCUCUGGGUGCGGCAUGGUAUUGAAAGGUGAUACAGAAUAGAUCCAGACGAAGACAAUAUUUCAUCUUUGUGCUAAAUUGGAUGAACCUUCGGGAUGCUGAGACAGGGAAGAUACUCUGGCAAGGAACAGAAGACCUGUCCAUCCCUGGAGUGGAGCAUGAAGCCCGUGUUCCCAAGAAAAUCCUCAAGUGUAAGGCAGUGUCUCGAGAAUUGAACUUCUCUUCAGCAGAGCAAAUGGAAAAAUUCCGCUUGGAACAAAAAGUUUACUUCAAAGGGCAAUGCCUAGAAGAAUGGUUCUUCGAGUUUGGCUUUGUGAUCCCUAAUUCCACAAACACCUGGCAGUCCCUGAUAGAGGCAGCACCCGAGUCCCAGAUGAUGCCAGCCAGCGUGCUAACUGGGAAUGUUAUCAUAGAGACAAAGUUUUUUGACGACGACCUUCUUGUAAGCACAUCCAGAGUGAGACUUUUCUACGUUUGAGAGAAGAAUGUGUGUGCAUUUCAAGAAUUUGGGGUUUUUUGGGGGAAGGAGGAAAUGGUUUACUUUUUUCCUCCACACUUUUGAUUUUUGACACUUCUACCCCUAAUUCCCUCUAUGGCAAAACCCACCUGCGGCCACCAGGGGACCAGCUCUGUGUAGGUAGCCAGAUGGCUUUUUUCUCUCAAGCUGCCAUCUUCCACCCACCAGACUAAAUUCCCAACCCCAGACCGGGGCAGAGGACGUGCCUCGACUCCUCCCAGAGUAAACCUGGGGACGAACACAUACCACGAGCUGAUGCUGUUCCUGUCACCCUCCCUACCUCCUCCUUGGGCCCGGUAGGCAACAUGUCUUCCUUUGGCCCCCCGUUUUGGAAAACUUCACGUUCGUGACCCAUGUUUAGUUUUUUCCUACCAUUUCUAUUUCAUACAUUCUCAUACAUUUAACUUGUAAAAUAGACUGUGAUAUUAUUAUUAUGUACUGAAUUAAAACAUGAAUUAAAACAUUCCUACAGUCUUUAGCA